CGCAAGUAGGCGGCGGAAAUCAGACGUAAGUUAUCAAACGUGGGGAAGCUGCACGCACAACCACAGAACAGCUAACUGCCAGACUCAGAGAUGGCGGCCCUGCUUGGGGGCUACGGCAUACCCCCUCCACCAGGUACCUACGUCCAGCCAAAUGUGCCUCCUCAGCAGAUUCCAAGCUAUAUGACGGAGGAAAAAUUACAAGAAAAAGCUCGAAAAUGGCAGCAGCUACAGUCCAAACGUUACGCCGAGAAGCGGAAGUUUGGCUUCGUGGAUGCUCAGAAGGAGGACAUGCCCCCUGAGCAUGUCCGCAAGAUCAUCCGCGACCAUGGAGACAUGACCAACAGGAAAUUCAGACACGACAAGAGAGUGUAUCUUGGAGCGCUUAAGUACAUGCCCCAUGCCGUGCUGAAGCUCAUUGAGAACAUGCCCAUGCCCUGGGAGCAGAUUCGUGACGUCAACGUUCUAUAUCACAUCACCGGUGCCAUCUCUUUUGUCAACGAGGUCGCGAGGGUCAUCGAACCCGUCUACAUAGCACAGUGGGGAACCAUGUGGAUUAUGAUGAGACGUGAGAAGCGUGACCGUCGUCACUUCAAGCGUAUGCGCUUCCCUCCCUUUGAUGAUGAAGAGCCCCCUCUGGAUUACGCUGACAACAUCCUGGACGUUGAGCCGCUUGAGCCAAUCAACAUGGAGCUUGACCCUGAGGAAGACGGACCGGUGUAUGAAUGGUUCUACGAUCACAAGCCACUGAUUGACUCAGUGAACGUCAACGGGACCAGUUACAAGAGCUGGCGUCUGACCCUUCCCAUGAUGUCCACAGUGUAUCGUCUUGCCAACCAGCUUCUUACAGACCUUGUCGAUGAGAACUACUUUUAUCUCUUUGAUCUCAAGUCAUUCUUUACCUCCAAGGCCCUCAACAUGGCCAUCCCGGGAGGGCCAAAGUUUGAGCCUUUGGUGCGGGAUGCAACCCUCCUAGAUGAAGACUGGAAUGAGUUUAACGAUGUGAACAAGAUCAUCAUCAGGCAACAGAUUCGCACAGAGUACAAGAUUGCCUUUCCCUAUCUGUACAACAACCUGCCGUACUUCGUACAGCUCACAUGGUAUCACACUCCCAGCGUAGUGUUCAUAAAGACUGAAGAUCCAGAUCUCCCAGCGUUCUACUUUGAUCCUCUUAUCAACCCAAUCUCACACAGACACAGCGGCAAGGUUACAGAGCCACUGCCUGAUGACGAUGAAGAGUUUGAGCUACCAGACUACGUACAGCCAUUCCUACAAGACAGACCCCUGUACACUGAUAACACAGCUAACGGUAUUGCCCUACUGUGGGCACCAAGGCCAUUCCAUCUUCGCUCUGGCAGGCACAGACGGGCAGUGGACAUACCACUUACUAAAACAUGGUACCGUGAACACUGUCCUAGCGGUCAGCCUGUUAAGGUACGCGUAUCAUACCAGAAGCUGCUCAAGAUCUACGUCCUCAACGCCCUCAAACACAGACCACCAAAGUCACAGAAAAAGAGAUACUUAUUCCGUUCCUUCAAGUCCACUAAGUUCUUCCAGUCGACAACCCUUGACUGGGUGGAGGUUGGUCUUCAGGUCUGCCGUCAGGGCUACAACAUGCUCAAUCUCUUGAUUCAUCGUAAGAAUCUCAACUAUCUCCAUCUGGACUACAACUUCAACCUCAAGCCAGUCAAGACACUCACAACAAAGGAGCGUAAGAAAUCGCGUUUCGGCAAUGCGUUCCAUCUGUGUCGUGAGAUCCUACGUCUAACCAAGCUCAUCAUUGAUAGCCAUGUACAAUACAGACUGGGCAAUGUAGACGCAUUCCAGCUGUCUGACGGUCUGCAGUACAUCUUUGCCCACGUGGGUCAGCUGACCGGUAUGUACCGCUACAAAUACAAGCUGAUGAGACAGAUCAGGAUGUGUAAAGACAUCAAGCACAUCAUUUAUUAUCGCUUCAACACGGGUCCAGUGGGCAAGGGGCCGGGCUGUGGGUUCUGGGCUCCAGGGUGGCGCGUCUGGGUGUUCUUCCUGCGUGGGAUCACCCCUCUCCUGGAGAGAUGGUUGGGCAAUCUACUGUCCAGACAGUUUGAAGGUCGACACUCCAAGGGCGUCACUAAGACGGUCACCAAACAGCGUGUGGAGAGUCACUACGAUCUUGAACUCAGGGCUUCGGUGAUGCACGACAUCCUGGACAUGAUGCCUGAGGGAAUCAAACAGAACAAGGCUCGUACCAUCCUACAGCAUCUUAGUGAAGCAUGGCGCUGCUGGAAGGCCAACAUUCCAUGGAAGGUACCCGGUCUGCCCACGCCCAUCGAGAACAUGAUCCUUCGCUACGUCAAGUCCAAAGCCGAUUGGUGGACCAACACUGCCCACUACAACAGAGAGCGUAUCCGACGAGGUGCCACCGUCGACAAGACGGUUUGUAAGAAGAAUCUUGGUAGGCUGACUCGUCUGUACCUCAAGGCAGAACAGGAGAGACAGCAUAACUACUUGAAGGAUGGUCCGUACAUCACAGCAGAGGAGGCCGUCGCCAUCUACACUACCACUGUCCAUUGGUUGGAGAGUCGUCGUUUCUCCCCGAUCCCGUUCCCGCCUCUGUCUUACAAGCACGACACCAAGCUGCUCAUCCUGGCUCUGGAGAGACUCAAGGAGGCAUACAGUGUGAAGAGUCGGUUGAACCAGUCCCAGAGGGAGGAGUUAGGCUUGAUUGAACAGGCGUAUGAUAACCCUCAUGAGGCACUCAGUCGUAUCAAGCGUCAUCUACUCACACAGAGAGCCUUCAAAGAGGUCGGCAUUGAGUUCAUGGACCUCUACAGUCACCUCAUCCCAGUGUACGAUGUGGAACCUCUAGAGAAGAUCACUGAUGCUUACCUGGAUCAGUACCUGUGGUAUGAGGCAGACAAGAGGAGGCUGUUCCCUCCAUGGAUCAAGCCAGCCGAUACCGAGCCCCCUCCUCUGCUGGUCUACAAGUGGUGUCAAGGCAUCAACAAUCUGCAGGACGUAUGGGACACAUCCGAAGGAGAAUGUAACGUCAUGAUGGAAUCACGCUUUGAGAAGAUGUACGAGAAGAUUGAUCUGACGUUGCUCAAUCGACUCUUGCGUCUUAUCGUUGAUCAUAACAUUGCUGAUUACAUGACGGCAAAGAACAACGUCGUCAUCAACUACAAGGACAUGAAUCACACCAACUCCUAUGGCAUCAUCAGAGGACUGCAGUUUGCUUCCUUCAUUGUACAGUACUACGGUCUGGUACUUGACCUCUUAGGAUUGGGUCUGCAUAGAGCCAGUGAGAUGGUCGGUGCCCCACAGAUGCCAAAUGACUUCUUGCAAUUCCAGGAUGUUGCCACGGAAACCAGCCAUCCAAUCAGACUGUAUUCCAGAUACAUUGACAGAGUUCACAUAUUCUUCAGGUUCACAGCUGAAGAGGCUCGUGAUCUGAUCCAGCGUUACCUGACAGAGCACCCCGACCCCAACAAUGAGAACAUCGUGGGUUAUAACAACAAGAAAUGCUGGCCGAGAGAUGCACGCAUGAGACUCAUGAAACACGAUGUCAAUCUUGGCCGAGCAGUCUUCUGGGACAUGAAGAACCGUCUGCCUCGUUCGAUCACCACCUUCCAGUGGGAGCAGAGCUUCGUCUCUGUCUACAGCAAGGACAACCCCAACCUCCUCUUCAAUAUGUCUGGAUUUGAGUGUCGCAUCCUCCCCAAGUGUCGAACCACAUCGGAGGAAUUCACCCACAAGGAUGGGAUCUGGAACUUGCAGAAUGAGGUGACCAAGGAGCGUACUGCCCAGUGCUUCUUGAGGGUAGAUGAGGAAUCCAUGCAGAGAUUCCAUAACAGAGUCAGACAGAUCCUAAUGGCAUCGGGCUCUACCACCUUCACAAAGAUCGUCAACAAGUGGAACACUGCCCUCAUUGGCCUGAUGACGUACUACCGCGAGGCGGUCGUCAACACCCAGGAGCUCUUGGAUCUCCUGGUCAAGUGUGAAAAUAAGAUCCAGACUAGAAUCAAGAUUGGGUUGAACUCCAAGAUGCCCAGUCGGUUCCCGCCGGUCGUCUUCUACACCCCUAAGGAGCUGGGUGGACUGGGUAUGCUGUCGAUGGGACACGUCCUCAUUCCUCAGUCAGAUCUCAGGUGGUCUAAGCAGACAGACGUCGGCAUCACUCAUUUCCGUUCCGGCAUGAGCCACGACGAGGACCAGCUGAUUCCAAACUUGUAUCGUUACAUCCAGCCGUGGGAGAGUGAGUUUAUCGAUUCGCAGAGAGUGUGGGCAGAGUACGCACUGAAGAGACAAGAGGCAAAUGCACAGAAUAGACGGUUGACCCUAGAAGAUCUUGAGGAUUCGUGGGAUCGUGGUAUCCCUCGCAUCAACACCCUCUUCCAGAAGGACAGACACACCCUGGCCUAUGACAAGGGCUGGAGGGUGCGCACAGACUUCAAACAGUACCAGGUCCUGAAGCAGAAUCCCUUCUGGUGGACUCACCAGCGUCAUGACGGCAAGCUAUGGAAUCUGAAUAAUUACCGUACUGACAUGAUCCAAGCCCUGGGUGGUGUGGAGGGUAUCCUGGAGCAUACUCUAUUCAAGGGGACGUACUUCCCUACAUGGGAGGGUCUCUUCUGGGAGAAGGCGAGUGGAUUUGAGGAAUCCAUGAAGUACAAGAAGCUGACCAACGCCCAGCGGUCCGGUCUGAAUCAGAUCCCCAAUCGACGCUUCACACUCUGGUGGUCACCAACCAUCAACAGGGCCAACGUAUACGUUGGUUUCCAGGUGCAGCUUGAUCUGACCGGUAUCUUCAUGCACGGCAAGAUCCCAACCCUCAAGAUCUCACUCAUCCAGAUAUUCCGAGCUCAUUUAUGGCAGAAGAUUCACGAGAGCAUCGUCAUGGACUUGUGUCAGGUGUUUGAUCAAGAGCUUGAUGCUCUAGAGAUUGAGACGGUCCAGAAGGAGACGAUUCAUCCCAGGAAGUCUUACAAGAUGAACAGCUCCUGCGCCGACAUCCUCCUCUUUGCCUCCUACAAGUGGAACGUGUCUCGCCCGUCGCUGCUCGCAGAUUCCAAAGAUACAAUGGACAGCAGCACCACCCAGAAGUACUGGCUGGAUGUCCAGCUCAGAUGGGGUGACUACGACUCACACGACAUUGAACGAUACUCCAGAGCUAAAUUCCUGGACUACACCACAGACAACAUGAGUAUCUACCCAUCACCAACUGGACUAUUGGUGGCCAUCGACUUGGCUUAUAACCUACACAGUGCCUUUGGUAAUUGGUUCCCAGGAUGCAAGCCCUUGAUCCAGCAAGCCAUGGCCAAGAUCAUGAAGGCCAACCCGGCGUUGUACGUCCUCCGAGAGAGAAUCCGCAAGGGUCUCCAGCUGUACUCCUCUGAGCCCACUGAGCCGUACCUGUCAUCUCAGAACUACGGAGAGCUCUUCUCCAAUCAGAUCAUCUGGUUUGUGGACGAUACCAACGUCUACAGAGUCACCAUCCAUAAGACCUUUGAGGGUAACUUGACCACCAAGCCGAUCAACGGAGCCAUCUUCAUCUUCAACCCUCGCACCGGUCAGCUCUUCUUGAAGAUCAUCCACACCUCCGUCUGGGCCGGACAGAAACGUCUCGGUCAGCUGGCCAAGUGGAAGACAGCCGAGGAGGUCGCUGCUUUGAUUCGAUCCCUCCCGGUGGAGGAACAACCCAAGCAGAUCAUCGUCACAAGGAAGGGCAUGUUGGAUCCACUUGAGGUGCAUUUGUUGGAUUUCCCUAACAUCGUGAUCAAGGGCAGUGAGUUGCAGCUGCCGUUCCAGGCCUGUCUGAAGGUAGAGAAGUUUGGGGAUUUGAUCUUGAAGGCUACCGAGCCCCAGAUGGUAUUAUUCAAUCUGUAUGACGACUGGCUCAAGACCAUCUCAUCCUACACAGCAUUCUCGCGUCUGAUUCUCAUCCUGAGGGCGCUCCACGUCAACAACGACCGCACUAAGGUCAUCCUCAAGCCAGACAAGACAACAAUCACUGAGCCUCAUCACAUCUGGCCCACGCUGACCGACGAAGAAUGGAUCAAGGUUGAAGUGACCAUGAAAGAUCUCAUCCUUGGCGACUAUGGAAAGAAAAACAAUGUGAACGUAGCCUCCCUGACUCAGUCUGAGAUCAGAGAUAUCAUUCUCGGUAUGGAGAUCUCCGCUCCGUCUCAGCAACGUCAACAGAUCGCUGAGAUUGAGAAACAGACCAAGGAGCAGUCGCAGCUAACGGCCACGACAACCAAGACAGUCAACAAACACGGUGAUGAGAUCAUCACAUCUACCACCAGUAACUACGAGACAGCGACUUUCUCAUCUAAGACAGAGUGGCGAGUGCGGGCCAUCUCAGCCACCAACCUCCAUCUUAGGACCAAUCACAUCUACGUAUCAUCAGAUGACAUCAAGGAGACGGGGUACACUUACAUCCUCCCCAAGAAUGUCCUCAAGAAGUUCAUCACCAUCUCCGAUCUCAGAGCCCAGAUCUCUGGCUACCUGUAUGGUGUCAGUCCGCCAGACAACCCUCAAGUCAAGGAGAUCCGAUGUAUUGUUAUGGUCCCUCAAUGGGGUACUCACCAGACUGUUCAUCUGCCCAAUCAGCUUCCUGAUCAUGAGUUCCUCAAGGAGAUGGAGCCCCUUGGAUGGGUUCACACACAGCCCAAUGAGCAGCCUCAGCUGUCUCCUCAAGACGUAACGACCCACGCUAAGGUCAUGGCUGACAACCCCUCAUGGGAUGGGGAGAAGACCAUCGUCAUCACAUGCAGUUUCACCCCAGGCUCCUGUUCCCUAACCGCCUACAAGCUGACGCCCAGUGGGUUUGAGUGGGGUCGAUCCAACACGGACAAGGGUAACAACCCCAAGGGGUACCUGCCAUCCCACUACGAGAGGGUGCAGAUGUUGCUCUCCGAUCGCUUCUUGGGAUUCUUCAUGGUCCCGGCUCAGGGCUCCUGGAACUACAACUUCAUGGGUGUUCGUCAUGAUCCAGGUAUGCGUUAUGACCUGCAGCUAGCUAACCCCAAGGAGUUCUACCAUGAGGUCCAUCGACCGUCUCACUUCCUCAACUUCAGCGCCUUGGAGGAAACCAGUGACUUGAUGGGGAGUGACAGGGAAGACAUGUACAAGUAGAGAGGAGCAACAACUUCGAGGAGGAGGGAGGGGGAAUUUUUUAUAUGGGACAGGGUGGGGAGGGGUUAGGGUUUUUGUUUUUUUAAAUUAUGAGAUGGUUUUUGUUGCGCUGUUAAUUGGGUGCAAGUAAGAGGUGAAGAAGUUAAAAUGGAUGAAUUGUCAAGUUUUGAACUUAUUUGGGGAACAAGUGAAGGCUUUCUUUUUAUCUGAAUACAAAUUAUCCGUUGAAGAUUAUUUAGGGUAUGUUGGCAGAUGGUAUGUUUUCUUGACUCUCCCUAUUUUUCAAGGGGGCUGAGUAUCUGUGUUUGAAGACAGUGGGAGAUAAUUGUUGUAUUGAAUGAACUUUGUGAAACUUUGAGAAAAUAUGAUGUUAAAAUGCCUUUCUUUUUUAGGUGAAAUAAACUUAACUUGUGGGACAAGAUACAAGAUUACUCUGUUGCGAAAAAUAGAUGGUUGGUGGAUAAUUGUUUUGGUUAUUAUGGCAAGGAGAUUGCUAUUAAAUCACAUUUUUAAAACAAACAUUUGAAGUUUAAAAACAUUAAAACUUACCCAAAACGGUUUAAUAAACAAUUUGUACAUAGAAGCCAGCCAUUUAAAAUGGUAGCUGGAGGGAAAAAAAGAAGAGAAAGCAGGGCUCAAAAUACCCACCUGGCCACAGGUCUGACUGAGUACUGAAUUUGUACACAAUUUGAGCAAGUAAGGCCAAAUCGAUUUGGUUAACUUCUCGAUUCCAACAUUCCCAAAGAUUCAGCCAAUACAGAGUGACAAACAGGGAUGAGAACUUCAGACUUUUAUGAAGUCGGCUUGGUGAAGAAAAUCAAUUGUUGCAUUUUUCCCAUUAAAAGAAAUCCUGCCCUUUGAUCUAUUAUUAAGUGCUGAGGAUACUGUUCCUAAAAGCUCAUUAGAAUCUAAACCUUGGGGGUUACCAAAAGGGGGAAAUGCCAUUUCAGUAUACCUCAAAUUUUUAGCAUACUUUAGGACAAGUUCGCAGCAACUUUUCUUUUAUCUUUUUGACUUAUCCAAUUUCUGUUCUACAAACCAGUGGGAAUUAUUUUGAACUUAAAGCCCCAAGAAUUACGAACAGUGUUGUUCCGAUGCAGUGGUUAACAAGAUGUGCACCUUUAACACCGGGAAAAUUGUAUGAUACUUCAAGUUUUAUAAAUCAUGUUUUAAGACAUUCGCCACAAACAAGAACUAUAAAUAGCCGAUUUUGUAAGGCAUUAUCUUUACUUAGAUUUAUUCAGUUGAUUUUUUAGUAGGUUUAAAAUUCCAUUUGAAUUAAGUUUACCAGCAUUUGUCGUUAUUUAAAUCCGAAGAGAAAAGGAAUAUUGAGGGAAUUUAGUUUCAAGUUUUGUGAGACAAAAUUAUUCUCAAAUUGCUCAAUAUCUAACAAGACUGGUUAAUUGUUUCACACUCUUUGAUUUGCACUUAUACUAUUUUUUGACCAGAUUUCUUUGGUAUGAAAUGUUCCCGAAAUUUGCUAUAAAUUUUGUUGAUGUUAAACUAUUAAUUUCACUUUGAUCUUUUCGCUUAUCACCGGUAAAAACACAAGUCCUUUUUUGUUUUUGUAUGUGAUUUAUGUUCAUACUUGUGUUACUUAUUUUUGUUUCUUUGUCAACAGUUUAGGUAUUUUCUGUAAAUAUGUUGUAGAUGACAUCAUGGUGUCGGUUGGAAUAAAACAGUCAA